CAACUUGUAGGUAAUUUCGGGAAUCGGAAUUCGGAACAAAUCGAAAGGUCUAUAUUUACUGAAACUUUCGCUUCUUUGAUUUUGUUGUUUUAUUUUUCAGUUAGAAAUCGAUUGCGAUUUCUAUUUAUGUCAUUUACAAUUAUGCAUAAUUUGGAACAUGUUGUAAAAUCUUCAAAACUAGUUUUGAGUAGGCGGUGUUGAUGUGUCGAGUCAGUUGUUGUUGUGGAUUGUGUGCAUUUUGUGAUUCCAAGUUGUUAUUGAGACAGCAGUAUGCACGAAUUGCUGAAGCACGUGCUCACCGAGCGCGACCUGACCCGGGCGGGGGACAUUUUUGCAAUCCCUGACUCAGAUAUUGUGAACGAUAUAAAUGAAGUCUUAAAACAGAUAACCGAAAUUUCAUCUCGACCGGACUACAUCCGUAAUGACCGUGAUCAGGCACUCAUAGAGAUAUGCGUCACUCGAGUAACAUCAUGUAUCAAAGAGACAGGCACUCUAGAGAAAUACUGCAGUGCUCUAGUGGCAUUACUUGAGUCGUGCCUUCACCAUAACUUGAUGCCCGUGGGACAUUUGCGAGAUGACGAUCCGCCGCACGCUAAAAUAGCUUCCGAUAUUAUUGCGUGUAUAGUGCUGGUAUCAUUCCCCUUACAAUCCGACAAAGAGUCGAGUGGCAACGCGGAAGUUAUGGAACUAUUCCUACCAGUUGCCGUGCAAUUCCUGCACAAGGGCAAUCGGGAGAUAUCACGUCACAUGGCGCGAUAUCUCUCGCUUGCCGCGGUGCACCACGCGGUGUUGUUGAAACCACAUGUUCAAACCAUCAUGGACUCUAUUAUGUCAGGAAACUACCCGCUCUGUCGAAUUCUCACAAACUUAUACGAAGUGUGCCCAGAACCUUUAGAAGGUCACGUGACCGCGCUUGUCGCGUUACUCCCACACGCAGAACCCGUAGAGAAGAGUUCUCUUUUCGCACUGUUUGAGCAAAUAGCCGCAAGACGACCGGAGGCUUUGAAAACAGCCGUGCCGCAGCUGAUUUCAUACUUGUGCCCUAAUAACACGCCGCAGAACGAUCCGGGAUGCAUGUGUAUGGAUUUGCUGCAGGUAAUAGCGAGCGUGAGCGCAAGUCGUCCCUCGCUAGUUGCGGAACAAGCGGGCGCGUUGUCUCGGGCGGGCCGCGCGGCACACGCUUCGCCGCGUAGCGCUGGCCUUAUCGCAACCACGCUCGCCCGUGUUGCUACUACUAGCCGGGAAAGAGCGCAAGAAGCGCUCAACUUCGUGGUGGAGAGAUUACACGGUGCGGAGUGGUCAGAACAAGCGGCGCUCAUUCGGGAAGCGACCGCGCUUUGCAGCGCUUACCCCGCGUUAUUUACUGAUCGACUACUGGCUGCGUUGAGAGCCAAUCAUAGUAAUCGUCCAAAAUCGACUCAUGGAGAGAUAAAUAGAACAUCCGGUGGUGUGACGAUCGUUAAACUAGGCGGUCAGAAUUCCACAGGCAAUGUUAUUAGCUCUGGCACGACAACAGGGCCCUCAACUACCGCUGGGGCCCCGGCUGUGGCCCCCGGGCCCUCAGUUGUAACAACUGGGCCCACUGGCCCUGUUGGCUACACGCGGAGGGCCAAAUUGGGAGACUCGAGGAGUACAGGACGCUUGCAUCCGGGCCCUAAUUCCCAUAGAAGCAUGACAAGAUUGAAUGUUGCUGGUGGGUCGGUGGGUGGACUUCACAAAAGCAUGACUCGACUAUCAUCAUCACAACAAAUCAACGCACAAAACGCAAACCUUCCUGCACCAGUACCGAACUCUAAGAGUACUGGACCAAAACCAGUUGGUGCUGCAGCAGUGUCGACGGCAGGACCGACAAUAAUAUCCGCGCCACUACAAACUCAAUCGAUAUCAGUGAAUCCGUUAAUCGGUAAAUCAGCUGACGGGCUCACUCCGAUCACGUCCUCAGUGUCCAUACAGCAUUCGAACACUGCUUUGGGCCAAGUGUCAGUGAUUACUUCCACAAGUCCUUCUGGACCAAUUCUGACACAAAUUGGCACGAAUUCUGUGUCCAUUUCUGGCCCGGUGACUGUGACGUCACGACGGGCUAACAACACCAGUGUUACAAUGAUCAAUAAUGAUAACUCGAACCAUCGGAUCAGUGUGUUCGAGCCGUAUCCUAUGAGGGACACAGUGCAGCACUUCUGUGAGAAGCACUUGGAUAAAAUAAAGGCAUAUAUGGAUAACGUGUCGUUGAGGAUACCGCCACCCGCUAAGUGUACGAUUGAAGAGCGCCGCUCCAAAAAGCAAGCGCGCCUUCAGUUCGCGUGCGGUCGCCGCGGGCCGCACUGCCUGUACGCACGUGCGGCGUUCUCCCUGCGCACGCGAGCGCCGCGCGUGUGGAUACACCUCAUGUUCCUCGCGCUGCAGGCGCGCCACGCGGCCGCGCUCUCCAGCCGGGACCCCACUGUGGCCAGCCUCAAGCACUGCUGGGAUAUACUCAAGUGCGAGAACAAGACGUUUCUCACGCUGGUUACUAGUGCCUUCCCGGGGCUCAAGGAACAAGAGAUGCUAGUGAACGAGCUGCGCGCGGCGGGUUUCUUCGACGUGUUCGAAGUGAACGCCCAAAGCGAGCCGUCCAAGGCCACGUGGGGGUGUUUCCUCUGCAACCACCCGGAGAGGGCUGUGGGGUUCCUGGCGGCUGAUGGGCAGCCGGUCAUCGAGGGACAGCUGAAGGAGAAGAAGGGCAGGUGGAGGCUGUUCAGACGCUGGCGGACGAGGUACUUCACGCUGUCCGGCGCGCAUCUGUCGUGUAAGGGAUCGAGCGGCGGCGAAAGCAUAGACAUAAACCAGAUCCGUUCAGUAAAAGUGUCACGAGGCGCGCGGAACAUUCCCAAAGCGUUCGAAAUCUUCACCGGAGACCAAACCCUAAUCCUGAAGCCCAAAGAUGGCAAGAAUGCUGAAGAAUGGGUCCAGUGUCUCAGUAUAGCGGUAGCACACUCGCAGGCGAGAGACGCGCCGGCUAAAGCCAAUAGUCUACCAGCCAGGGGACUGACGCUCAAGAGCUUUUGAGUUUGUGAGGUAAAAACAUUCAAAUUGACACCUUAUUUCGUGGCAGUAGUGAUCAAAUUGUGUAAGUUCAUUAGAAAACUGCCUAAGAGUGGGCAGAGUUUUGCGACAGACAAUUUUUGAUUCUGAGUCUGUGUAUGAACGAUUUUGAGUAGCCAUUAUUAGACAUAAAAGUUGUGAAUGUGGCUAUUCUAGUAAACUGUCAAAAAGUGGCAAUUUUUAAGGUUUUGUGACUUUAUCGUCAUGUUUUAUCCGUUUCGUUGGGAGGUGUUUUUUUAUAAAAAGUAUUGUAUCAAAGCUAUAUAAUAGUUCGUCUGAACUAUAUUAUGCUUGAAUGCGAAUUAAGUAGUUGUUUAGAUUCUCGCUGAUAAUAUUUUUAAAAUUUUAAAUCGGCUUGCACAUAAUUAUUUGUCAAGAUUAUACCUUAUUUUAUUGAAUUGACAAGAUUUUUCAAUUAUUUAAUUUCCUCUUGCGACACGUUUCAAUUAGUUGAUUAAAUUCGAGAUAAAAUUCGAAUAUUUAGACAUUCACAACGGUUUUCAAAACCGUUUUGGCGAAUGCUUUUAUUGAGCAUUUUAGAAAAAACUUAUAUUUUAUUCACAAUUGAUGUGUUAAAUUUAAUGUGGAUUUAAGGUACUUCAGCUUUUAGGUAUUUUAAAAUUCGUUUUAAUUGAAUUUUCCCGUGUAUCUUAAUUUAAUAUUAUUUUACUUGGAAUAAUUUUGAUCAUUGCAUUCCCGACCAGUAGUCAUUUUGUUUAAUUCCCUUAAUAUAUUUUAAUCGUUUUGUGGUUUUAUUAAAAUCGUCUUGAAUAUUUGUAUAUUAUGAAUUAUUAAUCUUGUACUUAAUAUUGAAAUUACUUUGUGAUAGAAAACGUCCAAUAAUAAUCCUGAGUUGUAACAAUUUUUGACAUGUUUUUUUCGUGAUUAAGAAAAAUUAAAAGACAAUUAUGUAGCAAUGUGUAAAGUACAAUGUUUUUUAUAAAUAUUAUAUAUACCUAAUCGGUUUAUGUUUAAGUUGUUGUUUUUAGGAUACGUUAGGAUUAAGUGACAUAUGACAUGAGGAUAUA